GGGGCACCGCCGCCCGCCCCCCGCACACGCUCACUCGCGGAGAAACUCUUAAAGAGGGGCUGCGGGACCGCCGGCUCCGCGGCCGUGCCUUACACACGCGGGCAGACCCCUGGCAGCUCCGGCAACCGAGACAUCUGCUCUCCAUUGCGACCACCCCCCUGCAGCAAACACCCUUCCCCUGCUGCUCCUCCUCCCUUCCCGCUCCGGCUCGCAGCUCGGCUCGCACCCGCCGCUUCCUUUCUUCCAACGAUGUUUUCCUGCUCUGCGGGGCGAAGCGUUUGCUGAACUUUGCUAACAGUUUGGGGGGCGGGCGGGAGGAUCCUGAGGCUUUUUUCCUGCUCUGCCCCGCCCGGAGCAGGUUGGGGGGCAGCGAGCGGAGGAGGGAUCCGCGCCCCGGGCGCAGGUCGCACGCACACGCGUCCCGCGGCGGAACCAAGGAACCCUUGCACCGCGGCUCCGCGAAGCUCGCCGGCUGUAGGGGCUCCCGCUGUGGAAAUGGGUCGCAUCCGACGGGGCUUCCUCCUCCUCCUCCUCGCUGCCUGUGCGCUUUUGUCACCAGGGCUCGCAGCUUCCGAAAAGGGCAGGCUAAGGAGGAUCACGUACGUCCUGCAGCCCGGCCGGGGGAGCUCCUCUGGUAGCCGGCAGCAGCGCCCGACCCUCCUCGGGGGGGAGCAGCAGCAGCAGCGCACGUUCAAUGUGCAGCUGAACACGCGCUACGGCGGCGGCCCCCCGGAGCGGAGCCGGCGGAUGAGCAAGCCGGGCAGCGCCGCCGUGCAGCUCCGCUUGGGCCCCGCCGGCCCGCUCCACCCCAACUCCGCCGCUCACGCCUCCUCCUUCGCCAAGCCGGCCCGCUUCAGCCCGCGGCUCAAGGCGCCGCCGGGCCCCCACGGCAACAGCAGCGCCGCCCUGCCCCUCCGCCAGAAGCACCAGCUGCCGCCGCUGCCGGGGGUCAAUGUGUGCGGGGGGCAGUGCUGCCACGGCUGGAGCAAAGCCACGGGCUCCCAGCGGUGCAUCAAACCGAACUGUGCUCCACCGUGCCAAAAUGGAGGGAUGUGCCUGCGACCUCAGCUUUGUGUGUGUAAACCAGGAACAAAAGGUAGCUCCUGUGAGGAUACAGUCGUGCAAGACACAUCUUCCCCUGGCGGCCGGAGCCCCGUUGUUCCCCCGUGGCCCAUACCCCAGCAGGCUGCCCAGCAGAGCUUCUCUCAGAAGGUGCAGGUCCCACCAAAGGUUGGCCCUGUGGCUCAGAUGGCAUUCACAAUCAAGCAGAAGCCUCCUGUUGGGUUAACUCAGCAAACACAACCACAGAUGAUACCCCUUUCAUCUCAGACAUUAAUGAUGAAUCUUCAUCAUGGCCAAACACAGGAAUAUGUGAUUAAGCCCAAAUACUAUCCAGUAAAAAAAGUGAUUUCAGGAGAGCAGUCCACUGAGGGCUCAUUACCACUGAGGCUGGGCCAGGAUCAACCUGCAUCCCCUUUGCGAUUGGGAAAUCACACUGGUCGCAUCAAGGUGGUCUUUACACCCAGCAUCUGUAAAGUGACUUGUACCAAAGGCAACUGUCAGAACAACUGUGAGAAGGGAAAUACAACCACCCUCAUCAGUGAAAACGGCCAUGCUGCUGACACUCUGACAGCCACUAACUUCCGAGUAGUUAUUUGCCACCUUCCAUGCAUGAAUGGAGGCCAGUGUAGUUCUAGAGAUAAAUGCCAGUGUCCUCCUAAUUACACUGGAAAACUUUGUCAGAUUCCCGUGCAGACUGCCAGUUCUCCAAAACUCUACCACCACCCGCAACAGGUGAACAAGGCUGUAGGAUCACAAGUUAUCCAUUCUACUCAUACUUUACCACUGACAAUGUCUGGACAGCAAGGUGUAAAAGUGAAGUUCCCUCCUAACAUAGUGAAUAUCCAUGUGAAACAUCCCCCUGAAGCCUCAGUUCAGAUCCACCAAGUGUCAAGGAUUGACAGCACAUCAACAGGACAAAAAGCGAAAGUUCCUCAGCCAGUACAUCCACAGGUCUCUUACCAAGGUCUUCCGUAUCAGAAGACCCAGAAAGGACAUACAACUUACACAAAUCAACAACCCAUUCCUCAUAUGUUUCCUGUUUCAGUUAAAACUCAGCUUGGGCGCUGCUUUCAGGAGACUGUUGGGACACAGUGUGGCAAAGCACUUCCUGGCCUUUCCAAGCAAGAAGACUGCUGUGGAACCGUGGGUACUUCCUGGGGUUUUAACAAAUGCCAGAAAUGUCCCAAGAAGCCGUCUUACCAUGGAUAUGGUCCUAUGAUGGAAUGCCCACAAGGCUACAAGAGAAUCAAUGCUACAUUUUGUCAAGAUAUCAAUGAGUGUCAGUUACAGGGAGUGUGCCCUAAUGGUGAAUGCUUGAAUACCAUGGGCAGCUACAGAUGUACAUGCAAAAUGGGAUUUGUUCCAGAUCCUACCCUCUCAAGAUGCAUACCUGAUAACCCUGUAGUUGCUGAAGAGAAAGGACCCUGCUACCGGUUUGUUAGUGCAGGAAAGCAAUGCAUGCAUCCUCUUUCUGUGCAGCUCAGCAAGCAGCUUUGCUGUUGCAGUGUUGGCAAAGCCUGGGGCCCACAUUGUGAGAAGUGUCCGCUCCCAGGAACAGCUGCUUUUAAGGAAAUCUGCCCUGGUGGAAUGGGUUAUACGGUUUCUGGCCCUCACAGAAACAAGCUAUAUCAUCACCCUGCAGUUAGAGUACAGCCACCUGCCAUUGGCAAGACCCCGAUUACUCAACCUGUUGCUAAAGGUACUUCUCCUCCACCUCUCCCAGCAAAGGAAGAGCCAGUGGAGGCACUGACCUUCUCACAGAAAAGUGAGACUGAGAUGGCUGUACAAGAAGUGGCAACUGCAGCUCCUGAUCAGGAAUUAGCUUCCAUUGAUCAAGAAAAGCAGCCUUAUCUGGAGCCUGGGCAGCCUCAGCUUUCUCCUGGAAUUUCAACAAUUAACCUGCAUCCACAGUUUCCAGUAGUGAUUGAGAAAACAUCCCCUCCUUUGCCUGUUGAGGUUGCUCCCGAAGUCUCUACUUCAAGUGCAAGUCAAGUUAUUGCACCUACUCAGGUUACAGAAAUCAACGAAUGUACAGUUAAUCCUGAUAUCUGUGGAGCAGGACACUGUGUUAAUUUGCCUGUGGGAUACACUUGCAUCUGCUACAAGGGGUACAAGCUUAAUGAUCAGCAGACAAAGUGCAUUGAUAUAAAUGAGUGUGAUCAGACACCACAUCUCUGUUCCCUUGGACGCUGUGAAAAUACAGAAGGAAGUUUCCUAUGUAUUUGCCAAGCUGGAUUCAUGGCCAGUGAAGAUGGAACUGACUGUGUUGAUUUUGAUGAAUGUUCAAGACCUCACACUUGUGGAGAAGGAUUUUGUGUAAACACUCUUGGCUCAUACAGAUGUGAAUAUUGUGAUAGUGGAUAUCAAAUGAACAGGAGAGGGGAAUGUGAAGACAUUGAUGAGUGCCUGACUCCAACGACCUGUCCGGAUGCACAGUGCCUUAAUGCUCCUGGCUCUUACCAGUGCAUUCCUUGCAGAGUGGGGUUCAGAGGCUGGAACGGACAGUGCCAUGAUAUAAAUGAAUGUCAGUAUGGAAAUCACUGUACAAAUGGACGUUGUGAAAAUACAGAGGGAUCCUUCAGGUGUUUUUGUGCCCAGGGUUUCAAACUUUCUGCAUCAAAGGAUCAGUGUGAAGAUAUUAACGAAUGCCAACAGCGAUCGGUCUGUACGAAUGGACGCUGCAGGAACACAGAGGGGUCUUUCAGAUGUGUCUGUAGCCAAGGCUAUGCAUUGUCAUCUGCUGGAGAUCAGUGUGAAGAUAUUAACGAAUGCCAACAGCGAUCGGUCUGUACGAAUGGACGCUGCAGGAACACAGAGGGGUCUUUCAGAUGUGUCUGUAGCCAAGGCUAUGCAUUGUCAUCUGCUGGAGAUCAGUGUGAAGAUGUUGAUGAAUGCGUUCAAGACAGCAAUGUUUGCCUAAGAGGAAGCUGCAUAAACACUGAAGGGUCUUACAAGUGCACUUGUCCAGAUGGUUUCCAGCAGAUAGCGAAUAGGGGAUGUCAAGAUAUCAAUGAAUGUGAGAGAUCUGACCUCUGCUCUCCACAUGGAGAGUGUCUAAACACGGAUGGCUCCUACCAGUGCAUAUGUGAGCGGGGCUUUUCUGUGUCUGCAGAUGGCCGAACAUGCGAAGAUGUGGAUGAAUGUACGAACGGCACGGUGUGUGGCACCCACGGGUUCUGUGAAAACAUGGAUGGCUCCUACCGCUGCCUCUGUUACCAAGGCUACCAGGACACACAGGAUGGGCAGGGGUGUACAGAUGUGAAUGAAUGUGAAAUGUUGAGUGGAGUAUGUGGCGAAGCGCUCUGUGAAAAUGUUGACGGUUCUUUCCUGUGUCUGUGCUCUGACGAGAACCAGGAGUACGAUCCCAUGACCGGGCAGUGUCGCUUCCGUACCUCACCAGAAAUGCCAGUAGAGGCUGAUCAACAGGAAGAUGGAAAGAAGGAGUGCUACUACAAUCUGAAUGAUGCUAAUUUCUGUGACAACGUGCUUACGUCCAAUGUAACCAAACAGGAAUGCUGCUGUACCUUGGGUGCUGGUUGGGGUGAUAACUGUGAAAUCUUCCCAUGCCCUGUCGUUGGAACUGCUGAAUUUACUGAUUUGUGUCCUGAAGGAAAAGGUUUCAUUCCCUCUGGAGAAUCAUCUUACGGGCUUCUUGCUCAGAAUUACAAAGAUGCUGAUGAAUGCCAACUCUUUGGACAAGAAAUCUGUAAAAAUGGCUUCUGUUUGAAUACACAGCCAGGUUAUGAGUGCUACUGCAAACAAGGCACAUACUAUGACCCUGUUAAGCUCCAGUGCUUUGACACGGAUGAAUGUCAGGACCCAAACAGCUGUAUUGAUGGCCAGUGCAUUAACACAGAAGGAUCUUACAACUGUUUCUGUACACACCCAAUGGUUUUGGACGCAACAGAAAAGCGAUGCAUCAGACCAGCAGAUUCAAGUGAACAAACUGAAGAAGCUGAGGUCUACCAGGACCUUUGCUGGCAGCACCUGAGCGAUGACUUUGUCUGCAGUCGGCCGCUGGUUGGGAAGCAGACCACGUACACGGAGUGCUGCUGCCUGUACGGGGAGGCCUGGGGCAUGCAGUGCGCGCUGUGUCCCAUGAAGGAGUCAGAGGAUUACGCCCAGCUGUGCAACAUUCCUGUUCCAGGAGCUCGACGGCCAUAUGGACAGGAUGCUUUAGUUGACUUUGAGGAGCACUACACUCCAGAAACCAAUCCAUACUUCGUUGAAGACCGUUUCCUGAACAGCUUUGAGGAGCUGCAAGCAGAGGAAUGUGGUAUUCUGAAUGGAUGUGAAAAUGGCCGAUGUGUAAGAGUCCAGGAGGGCUACACCUGUGACUGCUUUGAUGGUUAUCACCUGGACAUGGCCAAAAUGACCUGUGUUGAUGUGAAUGAGUGCAACGAGCUGAACAACAGGAUGUCCCUCUGCAAGAAUGCCAAAUGCAUUAACACGGAAGGGUCCUACAAGUGUUUGUGUCUCCCUGGGUACGUGCCUUCAGACAAGCCAAACUACUGCACACCACUGAACUCAGAGCCAGAGAGUGAACUGGAGUAGAGGAAAAUCUCCAUAUCCUAAGCCCAUAUACUCUGCACUGUAUAAAGAAAAGGAAGAAAAAUAUUUAACUUGAGAAGAGAAGGCACCAGAGUAGCAAACAAAAGGGGAGAAAAGGGUUAAAGUGUAUCAAAGGUGAGACAUGAUGGGUUGGUUGUUUAUCAGCUUCACUGAAGUGACAGACCAAAUGGACACAUUGCUCUGUAUGAAGAAAACAAGUAUAUAGUGUGUUCAUGAAAAAAUCUUUGAAAAUAAUCAAAAACAGUGCUGUUAUUUGAAACAGAAGAGCUUUGGUUUUUUUGUUUUUUGUUUUGUUUUGGAUUUUUUUUACUAUUGCUUGAUAAAUUUGGCAUUUAAAUAGUGAUGGAAAUAUUUUAUAUUACUAUGUCAUUUUUUUGAUUGUUCAUUUCCUUGCCUACUGUUUCUUUUCAGACCUUUUUUCUGAUCAGUACAAAUUCUAUGAUACAGAUAUUCUUAGUCCAUUUUAUAAGAACUGUUACACAGGGUGAUGCUCCUCCUUCCCUGGAACUUUGGUCAGUGACUUUUUUUUAAUUUGCUAGUUGUCUGCCCUGUGGAGCAGGCACCAUUUGUUUUCAAAUGUUUUAUAUACCUUGGCGAAAAGUCCUUAUAUUCAUUUUGUAUCCUGUAUGGUUGUUACUGCACUUAAAGUCUUUAGAACCUUUCUUGCCAAGUUCAAAGCUGCUAGUGGACAACAUUGGAUUCCUUUUGUACAUUGAACCAAAAGAUUUUAGCUCACAUCUCUAUUGUAAUAUGUAAAUUGAACACAAGAGAGAUCUUGUAUGAUUACCCUAACAUAUUAAAGCUGUAUAUUACAACUCAAUAAAAUCACCUUUUUUUAGAAAAA